AUGGCUUCAUCAAUUGAGACCUCGAAAAUUAGUGGCCAUUUCCGAUCAAUCAGCUUGCCUUCUAGGCGCCACCCUCUUGCGACAACCGCAGAGGAGCAUUUGUCCAGGCUCAGAUCAUCAGAAGCGGAGUCCUCGUCCUCAUCGGCAUCCCAAAGUUUGGGAGAACUCAAGAGCUUGUAUGACUGCAUCGAUGACUUGCUUCAGUUGCCUCUCACUCAACAGGUUCUUUCGCACUUGAGAAGUCCCGCCAAAGAGUCGUUGGACCAUUCUCUCAUGCACUUAGACGUUUGCGGGAACGCGAGGGAAGCUUUCUCACAGACGAAGGAAUGUGUCCAGGAGCUCAAAUCAUCUUUGAGAAGAAGGAAAGGAGGAGAUUCCAGCUUCGCCAUAGAGGUAGAAGCGUACAUCGACUCUAGAAAAAAGUUGAACAAAGUAAUCAGCAAGUACUUGAGAAAUUUGAAGAAGGAAGGCUCUAAGAAGGCCUCUCACAAUGAAGCUACCCUCAGCAUACUAACUGGAGAGAUCAGCGUUUCCGUAUUCGGGUCCCUCUUAGGUUUCCUUGCUCUGACAAGUGCAAGCACCAAGCCUAGAGGAAAGAAAACCAAUGAAGUGCAAGGCUUGGAUGCCCUCGUGCUCUCCCUCAGAUCGAGCAAAGACAUCAAUAAUCAAGUAGGCGAUCUGUCAAAGCGAUUGGAGGAACUAGAGGCGAGCAUUCAAGACAUUGAGGAUGAGUUGGAAUGCAUUUUCAGGUGCCUGGUGAAAUUGAGGGUUUCCCUUCUCAACAUUGUUAACCACUAGAAAACAGUAGUCU